AUGGAAUUCUUUCAACUUACCAUCCCUUUACUUAGGAACCUUUUCCGCGUGCAAGAAUAUAUUAGAUCUCUGGUGGCCACGAUCCAUAUUACUGAUACUACCAUGGAGUUCUUAAAUGACCAUAAUGAGCUGGUAAAAAUAAAUUCAAGUGUUAAUGAAUUUGCCGAAGGGGAACUUCAGAGGUUUCGCUUUUCUGAAGAUCUCCAGAGGUUAGGGGAUCCGGCUCUAGAACUUGAAAAGCCAGAAGAGGAAAGCUGGUCUCAGCAAAUAGAUUAUCUUUGUAUUAGACUCCAGUUCUGCCAGCUUGAUCGAAUAAAAAUGCUCAAAUACUAUUAUCUCCUGGGAAAAAGAAUGGCCAUGUUUAAUUGGAAUGCCUAUGCUAGGGGCAAAUUAAGGCAACGGAUUACCCAGACCAGAUAUAAGCGAAUGUGCCAAAUGGCACGUCGCACCUACGAAUUAUACCAGGCCCAAGAUGCUCAUAAUAUAAUAACCUCUCUUUAUUUGUCUGCCAAUGCUCUAGGAGAAAUGAACCCAAAUAGAUUUGGGGAAAGAAGUAGAGAAAGGCUAAGACAUUGUGGAAAGUAG